CUGCUGUCCCCUGUCCUAGUGCCCCGACCCUCCCUGUCACUGCACCCCAGCCAGGGGGUGUCGCUGGGGGACACUGUCACCCUGCGCUGCCACCUGCCCCAGCCAGCUGCCUGGGUCUGGCUGUACCAGGAUGGACAGUGGAGAUCCAGAAAGGAAAUGGACCAGGAGCAGGACGUGGCCGAGUUCUCCUUGGCUGGCAUAAGUGAAGAAGAUUCGGGGACAUAUCAGUGCCAGUACCAGGGGUUGGAGCCUGCAGGGAAAUCACAGAAGAGUGACCCAGCGGAGCUGGUGCUGACAGAUCACAGGUAUCCCCCACCUGGCAUUUCCCUCAGCCCCAAAGAACAUGUGGAGAUAGGGACUGAUGUCACCAUCCAGUGCUCGAACCAGGAAUAUGGGGCCUCCUUCCUCCUGCACAAGGACGGGCACUCAGCCCCUAUCCAAUGCCAAAAACCCGAUGGUGGGGGCACAGCCACCUUCACCCUCUUUCGGGUGACCCCAGCUGACUCCGGCACCUAUAGGUGCUCCUACCGCGUAGGGGGCUCCUACCUUCUGUCCUCACCCCUAGGGGAUAAUGUGACCCUGGAAGUGAUUCCCACACCUGCAAUCCCAGGUGACAAUGGGGGUCCCAGCAGGAACCUGGUGGCAGUAGUGGUGGGGCACUGGGUUGCUGCCAUUGUCUUCAUCAUCAUCCUCACUGUCUCUGUCCUCCUCGUUGCCCAGAGAAGACAAAUGCAGAGAGAUGAGAGGCCUGGUGCCACCCCCAGUAGUACCCGAGGUCGUGCAAUUGCAGGUGUCCCCCGGUGACAGCGAGGGUCUGACCUACGCCCAGCUGCAAGCUGUGACCCCCAGCACCCACCCCAUCGGCUCUUCUACCACCCCUGAACCCCCCAUUAUCUACACCGAGGUGGGCACGCGGGGACCCCGC